GGCGGCCGCGGCGGCGGGAGGCGGCGGGAGGCGGGCGGAGGAGGAGGCAGAGGAGGCGGGAGCUGAGCUGAGUGGGGCGGGCGGCGGCGGGGCCCGAGCCCGAGAAGAUGGCGGUGCGGAAGAAGGACGGCGGCCCCAACGUGAAGUAUUAUGAGGCCGCGGACACCGUGACCCAGUUCGACAACGUGCGGCUGUGGCUCGGCAAGAACUACAAGAAGUAUAUACAAGCUGAACCACCCACCAACAAGUCCCUGUCUAGCCUGGUUGUACAGUUGCUACAAUUUCAGGAAGAAGUUUUUGGCAAACAUGUCAGCAAUGCACCGCUCACUAAACUGCCGGUGAGUGCAGAAGUUGGGGGGAGGGAGAUCGCACCAUGCCUUCACCUCAUCUGCACACCGGAGCUAUACCACUCACUAGAUUAUUGCCUCUUCACAAGGCGGCGUUACGAUUUCCAGAAUCCAUCACGCAUGGACCGCAAUGUGGAAAUGUUUAUGACCAUUGAGAAGUCCUUGGUGCAGAAUAAUUGCUUGUCUCGACCUAACAUUUUUCUGUGCCCAGAAAUUGAGCCCAAACUACUAGGGAAAUUAAAGGACAUUAUCAAGAGACACCAGGGAACAGUCACUGAGGAUAAGAACAAUGCCUCCCAUGUUGUGUAUCCUGUCCCGGGAAAUCUAGAAGAAGAGGAAUGGGUACGACCAGUCAUGAAGAGGGAUAAGCAGGUUCUUCUGCACUGGGGCUACUAUCCUGACAGUUAUGACACAUGGAUCCCAGCAAGUGAAAUUGAAGCAUCUGUGGAAGAUGCUCCAACUCCUGAGAAACCUAGGAAGGUUCAUGCAAAGUGGAUCCUAGACACUGACACCUUCAAUGAAUGGAUGAAUGAGGAAGACUAUGAAGUAAAUGAUGACAAAAACCCCGUCUCCCGCCGAAAGAAGAUUUCAGCCAAGACAUUGACAGAUGAGGUGAACAGCCCAGAUUCAGAUCGACGGGACAAGAAGGGGGGAAACUAUAAGAAGAGGAAGCGCUCCCCUUCUCCUUCACCAACCCCAGAAGCGAAGAAGAAAAAUGCUAAGAAAGGUCCCUCAACACCUUACACUAAGUCAAAGCGUGGUCACAGAGAAGAGGAGCAAGAAGACCUGACGAAGGACAUGGACGAGCCCUCGCCAGUCCCCAAUGUAGAAGAGGUGACACUUCCCAAAACAGUCAACACAAAGAAAGACUCAGAGUCAGCCCCAGUCAAAGGCGGCACCAUGACUGACCUGGAUGAACAGGAAGAUGAAAGCAUGGAGACGACGGGCAAGGAUGAGGAUGAGAACAGCACAGGGAACAAGGGGGAGCAGACCAAGAAUCCAGAUCUGCAUGAGGACAACGUGACAGAACAGACCCACCACAUCAUCAUUCCCAGCUACGCGGCCUGGUUCGACUACAAUAGCGUUCAUGCCAUUGAGCGGAGGGCUCUUCCUGAGUUCUUCAACGGCAAGAACAAGUCCAAGACUCCAGAGAUCUACCUGGCCUAUCGAAACUUUAUGAUUGACACUUACCGACUGAACCCCCAAGAAUAUCUUACCUCUACUGCCUGCCGCCGAAACCUGGCAGGUGAUGUCUGUGCCAUCAUGAGAGUCCAUGCCUUCCUAGAACAAUGGGGUCUUAUUAACUAUCAGGUGGAUGCUGAGAGUCGACCAACCCCAAUGGGGCCUCCGCCUACCUCUCACUUCCAUGUCUUGGCUGACACACCAUCAGGGCUGGUGCCUCUGCAGCCCAAGACCCCGCAGGGCCGCCAGGUUGAUGCUGAUACCAAGGCUGGGCGAAAGGGCAAAGAGCUGGAUGACCUGGUGCCAGAGACGGCUAAGGGCAAGCCAGAGCUGCAGACCUCUGCUUCCCAACAAAUGCUCAACUUUCCUGACAAAGGCAAAGAGAAACCAACAGACAUGCAAAACUUUGGGCUGCGCACAGACAUGUACACAAAAAAGAAUGUCCCCUCCAAGAGCAAAGCUGCAGCCAGUGCCACUCGUGAGUGGACAGAACAGGAAACCCUGCUUCUCCUGGAGGCACUGGAAAUGUACAAAGAUGACUGGAACAAAGUGUCCGAGCAUGUGGGAAGCCGCACACAGGACGAGUGCAUCUUGCAUUUUCUUCGUCUUCCCAUUGAAGACCCAUACCUGGAGGACUCAGAGGCCUCCCUAGGCCCCCUGGCCUACCAACCCAUCCCCUUCAGUCAGUCGGGCAACCCUGUUAUGAGCACUGUUGCCUUCCUGGCCUCUGUCGUCGAUCCCCGAGUCGCCUCUGCUGCUGCAAAGUCAGCCCUAGAGGAGUUCUCCAAAAUGAAGGAAGAGGUACCCACGGCCUUGGUGGAGGCCCAUGUUCGGAAAGUGGAAGAAGCAGCCAAAGUAACAGGCAAGGCGGACCCCGCCUUUGGUCUGGAAAGCAGUGGCAUUGCAGGAACCACCUCUGAUGAGCCUGAGCGGAUUGAGGAGAGUGGGAAUGACGAGGCUCGGGUGGAAGGCCAGGCCACAGAUGAGAAGAAGGAGCCCAAGGAACCCCGAGAAGGAGGGGGUGCUAUAGAGGAGGAAGCAAAGGAGAAAACCAGUGAGGCUCCCAAGAAGGAUGAAGAGAAAGGGAAAGAAGGCGACAGCGAGAAGGAGUCCGAGAAGAGUGAUGGAGACCCAAUAGUUGAUCCUGAGAAGGAGAAGGAGCCAAAAGAAGGGCAGGAGGAAGUGCUGAAGGAAGUGGUGGAGUCUGAGGGGGAAAGGAAGACAAAGGUGGAGCGGGACAUUGGCGAGGGCAACCUCUCCACCGCCGCCGCUGCCGCCCUGGCUGCCGCCGCAGUGAAAGCCAAGCACUUGGCUGCCGUUGAGGAAAGGAAGAUCAAAUCUUUGGUGGCCCUGCUGGUGGAGACCCAGAUGAAAAAGUUGGAGAUCAAACUUCGGCACUUUGAGGAGCUGGAGACUAUCAUGGACCGGGAGCGAGAAGCGGUGAGUAGCAGGAGCCCUGGAACUCUGCUGUGCUGUGCCUCAGUUUAAAAUUGGAGGGGCGUG